AGACCGUGUGUGUAUUGCGACUGCCGCCGGUGGUGCCCUCUCGGCCUUUGGCUUGGGAAGCGGGUUUCAUGGACAAAUAAAAUGAUAGAUCAGAUGGACAGACAGAUGGCAGAAAGAGAGAUACUGGGAAAAUAUGGCUCAGACUGAAGUACUUUCUUACAGGACUCUGCUGAAUUUGAUGGGUCAGGAAGCUGGAAAACCCACAUGGCCAAAACCAGCAGGAGGCUAUCAAACUAUUACAGGGAGAAGAUAUGGAAGAAGACAUGCCUAUGUCAGUUUUAGACCAUCUCUGAUGAAUCAAGAAAGAUACUCAAACCAACACACAGAAGAAUGUGAAGGAUUAGAACUAGACAGUGUUCUAAAAGAAAAUUUAUUGUGUUCCAGUCCACAUGUCCAAGUAUGUUCUCCAUUGGUAGAUGCAUCAUUAUUACCAAGUGUUGGAUCAGAAGAACCUGUUUGUGAAGCUGAUUCUAGCCAAGCUAUCAACACAGAUACUUCAAUGUUUUCUCCAACAUGCUACAGUUUGUGUGAUCGCCAAAAUGUUGCCAACAAUGAGAAUUCUAAUGACAAUGUGGAGUCUACUUCUGAAGAGUGUAACAAUCUUCAUGGCCAGAAUGGAAUUGCCUUUGUGAACAUUGACUCUUAUGAACCAGACAGCAGUGAUGGAGAGGAAGACGGUUUCCAAAGUGCUAUCUCAUUAGCUAAAGAAGAAACAGGACUAUUUCAAGAAAAACUGGACAAUAUGCUUUCCAAAUUAGAAAAAGAUAUGGACUCCUUCAGUGAUUUGCAGUCACACCUGCCUAGUUUCAGUUAUAAUACCAUAAAUAAAAGUUUUGAAGAUCUUAGACUAGUGCCUUUUAGGAGACUUUCUAACAUAGAAUCAGAUACUGUUUAUCAAAAUAAGUCACUUUUGAAAAUAUCUAAUGAAGAAACUUUAGCAAAAAGUAACCUUGUUUCUACUUACGAUUUAGAACAGAAAAACAGUAAUACAGCUGAGCCUACAAUUAGGACACAUGUAGGAAUUUGUAAUCCACUGAGUACUACAAGCAUGAAGGUGGACCAAGAGAAUUCAGCUGAAUUGGUAGUAAGACCCAAAGUUAGAAAACAGAAUCCUGUUAGUGAGAUUGAUAAAAAGCAGUCUGUAAUUAAUGAAGAGGAAGAAAAGAGAAGUACUAAAAUGUGGAAUGAUAAUGUAGAUGACCAGCAAUACAAUGCUGAAAUUAUCUCAAAGCAUAAUAAAGAAAAAAAAUCUAAUAUGGUUUUUGACCCCAAAGAGUAUGGAUUGGCUGAAAAUAAAAUAAAAAAUGAACCGAGGAAACAAAAUACAAGUCUUCAAGAAAAAAAUAAAAUAGAUGAUAGUGCUUUUUGGGAUGAAUUUGAAGAUUGCGGUAGAAAACUAUCUAGUUCUAACAAAGAUGAAGAUGACAGCUCAGAAUGCAGUGAUGGUGAAUGGUCUGCAUCCCUGCCUUCUUAUUUUUCUGUGACUGUGAAAGAUCAGUCCUCCAGUGAUGAGAGCUGGGAGACACUUCCAGGCAAAGAGGAACAGGAACCUGAAGAGCAGAGUGAUAGCAGUGGUGUUGAAGAGGAACAUAAUGAAUUUGGUUUCCAAUCACGGGAGCAGGCCUCUCUAGAGGAUGGAGAGAUUCCUUGGUUGCAGUAUCAUGAAGAAAUUGAAAGUAGCAGUGAUGAAGAAAACGAUCAAGCUAGCCAUUUUGUACAUCCCGGCUUUUUUAUGUUGGAUGGGAACAACAAUCUAGAAGAUGAUUCCAGUAUGAGUGAAGACCUAGAUGUUGAAUGGAGGUUGCUGGAUGAAUUUGGAGAUGGUCUUGGUGUUGCUCAAGCAAUUUCGUAUGUGGAUCCCCAGUUCCUUACUUAUAUGGCCUUGGAAGAACGAUUGGCACAGGCUAUGGAGGUAACAAGCAUGUUCAUGGAAAUGACUUAUCAGCGUCUACAGACUGCUCUGGCACAUCUAGAGUCUCUUGCAAUUGAUGUUGAGCAGGCUCAUCCACCAGCUAGUAAAGAGAGCAUAGAUUGUCUGCCACAAAGUAUUAUUACAGAAGAUCACAAUGCUGUAGGGCAAGAGCAGUGUUGUGCUAUUUGCUGUAGUGAGUACAUCAAAGAAGAAAUUGUAACAGAGCUUCCAUGUCGCCACUUCUUUCACGUGACAUGCAUAACACUUUGGUUACAAAAGUCUGGAACAUGUCCUGUGUGCCGCCAUGUGCUUGCCCCUGGGCUUUCGGAGACAGCCGCUCCCAUAUUCACCUUCUUGUCCGACCAGGAUUAUACUACAGUCCAGAGUGCCUCGGGAACACAAUAAAGGAAUACCUGAACAAGAAUUUAGCCCAUCACAUUGUACUGUAAAGUUCUUUUAUUUAAUGAUAACAUGAAAUUGGUUUUGUGUGUGCGCAUGUGUAUGUGGCAUACUGUACACCCAUACACAAAAACAUGUAGAAAUUCCAACACACACAUUUGCAAGAAUAUACGAGCUUACAAAAUGGUUUAGAAUUAUAAUAAGAAUAACAGACUGAAAAACAAAAAGGUUGCACUAGUUUUCUGCCGUAAACUUAUUGCUCUUAACUAAUGUGUCAUGGUAAUUAUUCAGUUUGUCUUGAAAAAUGAUCAUUAAUGUGGCACUUAUAGUCAAAGUAAUGCAGCUGCAGUGCAGUUGGAGCUUACACAAGUUAUGCAUAUGAUAUGUUUUACUUAAUAUAAUUUUAGAGGCUGAGAUUAUUUCUUUUAAAAUAGUGCCACUUAAUUACUCUGUAUAUAAUUCUUUCAUAUUUGCAUCAAAUGUGAAGAUGUUCUGUGAUAACAUCAGUAGCAUACUUUGGUUUCACUGAAAAUAAACAGCAUAUAAUCAAAGAA